AUGCUCCAUGCGCGGCGCCCCCGACUCGGCGCUCGGCUCCGUUCGGGCAUUUCCGCCUCUUUGUUUUAAACUCCGGACGGGUUUUUUUCUCCUGCUCUUGGGGGGGACCCGGAGGGAGCGGCGCCCCCCCCACUCCCGGCGCUGCCCCCGCGUGCGCCCUGCUCGCCCGCAGCCGAGACGGCAGGCCUCACAAUGUAGCAGAGCGUUCCGGGCUGCCAUCUGCCAUGUACAGAAAAUGGGCAGAGAUCAAGGGACAGCAGGGAGGCGCAGACGUGAAGACCCGCAGGGCAGAGUGAAGCCGCAGGCGAGGACUGACCGCAUCAGAGCCGCAGCCUGAGCGCCCAAUGCACAGGCAGGAGGACGGGACCGAAGACAUCUAGAAGAGCUCCAGUUGUCGCCAGUGUGGCCAGUGGAGCCCUUGGAGCUGGGGCCAGAUGCUCUGCCCCAGUUCUGUUGCAUUCCCAGCCCCGCCUUACGGCAGCCGUGUUCCUGCACCCAUGAGCCUCGUGGCGGACAGUGGUGUGUCCACACUGGGACCUAGGCCGCCAAGGAGCCAUUACUCCCAGGCCCCCCCAACGGACAGAGCUGGGAGAAGCCAAAGAUGUUGACCAGAAAGAUUAAACUCUGGGACAUAAACGCCCACAUCACCUGCCGCCUAUGCAGCGGAUAUCUCAUCGACGCGACCACGGUGACCGAGUGUCUGCACACGUUCUGUCGGAGUUGCCUGGUCAAGUAUUUGGAAGAGAAUAACACCUGCCCCACGUGUAGGAUUGUGAUCCACCAGAGUCACCCGCUACAGUACAUUGGUCAUGACAGAACCAUGCAGGACAUUGUUUACAAACUGGUUCCAGGCCUUCAGGAAGCGGAAAUGAGAAAACAGAGGGAAUUCUACCACAAGUUAGGCAUGGAAGUGCCUGGAGAUAUCAAGGGGGAGACCUGUUCUGCCAAACAGCACCUAGAUCCCCAUCGGAACGGUGAAACCAAAGCAGAUGACAGUUCGAACAAAGAAGCAGCAGAAGAGAAGCAGGAAGAGGACAAUGACUACCACAGAAGUGACGAGCAGGUGAGCAUCUGCCUGGAAUGCAACAGCAGCAAACUGCGGGGCUUGAAACGCAAGUGGAUCCGCUGCUCGGCCCAGGCAACAGUGCUGCACCUGAAGAAGUUCAUCGCCAAAAAACUUAACCUUUCGUCUUUCAAUGAGCUGGACAUUUUAUGCAACGAGGAAAUCCUGGGCAAGGACCACACGCUCAAAUUUGUGGUUGUCACGAGGUGGAGAUUCAAGAAGGCCCCACUCCUGCUGCACUACAGACCCAAGAUGGACCUGCUCUGAGCUCGGCCCCGGGCCGGGCCCCGCUGCCCCGCCGAGUCACCUGCGGUGUCGUGGGGACCAGAUUUCUGAAUAGAGAGUAUUUAUAACUUUUGUAUGAGAGAAUUCACACUCAGCAAGACACUACCAGCACCACGGUUACAAGACGACGAGACACUUCAGAGUCUCAGCGGCCGAAGGGCGCCCCUCACAGACCAGAUGGUAAACAGAGUGGCCACACGGCCUGUGCUUGCUCUCCAGGCCUUGAAGAUCUGGUCCUUUCCGUUUCGUUUCUGAAUUAGGGUUCACGAUAAGCCUCAAAAAUACUUGUACGUUUACUGGACCCUUCCUAAGUUAUUGAAAAAUAUCUCUUCAUGGUGAAUGACAAUAUUUAUGUUGCCUUUAGCUUCCUGAAGACUUAGAAGGUAUAUAAAGGGUUAAUUUAAAAGCAUUCCAUUAAUACUAUGAGUUAGCCACAGUAUUUACUUUUCCACGUUGGGAACCAUGAAAAGCCGGCAGCUCCCCUGCCUCGGCCCCUGCCUGGCCCCUACUCUGGGCCCCGAGGCUGCACUGGGGCGAGUGGCCCUGAGGCGAGGGAGGGGCUCCACCCCCCCGCUGCUCCCCAGACACGGCCCGGGGCUCCGCAGGGUAGACCAGAGAUGGCUUGGCCGGCUUAAUGCUGGCUUGCAGAGCCAUUCAUGUUCCUAAACAUUACUGGUAUGAAAUAGGGCUCUGAUGGUUCAGGGCUGCCACUUAAAUUCCCUACUUAAUUCUUUCCCACGUUCAUCGUGCUGAAGAGAGGGGGUGGCAUUGUCUGGGGGUUUUCCUGAGAAGGCACCGAGGGUCGGAGGAGGGCAGGUGCCCCGGGCGUGCAGACUGCGGUUCCCAGCACGGCUGCCCACGCCCUCCCGUGGGCAGCUCUGCCCUGCGUCUGCCGCCCACGCCUGAGGCUGCUGUCAGGGGGAGGCGCACCCUGCCGGGAGCAGAGGAGCCUGCUGGUUGCAUUUUCAGUUCCUUCAUGACCUGAAACGCCAGUCGCAGGCAGCACACUCUCUGUUCACCCCUUUCUCCUCCCACGUGUUAAUAUUUUUGUGGAAUUAGUGAAUAAACUCUGCCAGCACAUAAGUAUUUGUCCCUUUAAAAGAGUAACUCGGAAUGUGUAAAGGCAGGAGGAGAAAGCAGCCGUUCUCCGGGGCCGUGAAAGUGUUGUCCUGGGGUUCUGUGUCCGUCCUUGUCCUCUCCAUCCGCACCGUCCGUUUGUCCGUGAGCUCUGGGUUCCUCCCCCUCCUCAGUCACCCCCCCAGGUGGCCGCCAGCCCACCUCCUUUGUUCAUGGAGUAUGUCACCGUCCUGACUAGGAUUUCUUCUCACGCUUGCUUUGAAAGUUAUGGUUGGGUUUCUUCUGCUUCCUCUUCCAUAUACGUAAGACCUAAUCUUGGUGACAAGAAAACCAUUCAGAUUAAUUGAAUCCGAGUGACUCUAACGUAAGGCCUUUUAGAAACCUAAAAACAAGUUCUGUUAGGAAUUGGUCAACAUUCACCCCUCACUGAAGCCCCUUAACUCCCAGUGCUGUUUGCCGUGUUCGGGUCGCUAAGCUUGCUAUUCAUCCAAAUCAUGUCUUAGAGUUACUCCACAGGUUUAAUGAGUAGAUGUGUAUGAGUAAAUAUUACCUGUCUACCUCAGCAUACACAUUACUGCUGCUGUGGUCUGCAACUGCAGGUGCAGUGCGGUUUUAGGUGUAGCGUUGGAACUUGGGUAUCUUCCGGGGUGGUGGAGGAGGGGAGGGUUCAGCAGUGUAAGCAUCCAAAUUCAAACAAAAUCAGCUCACAGUUCAGAUUAGACUGAGUAUCGCUGUAAUAAUCUCAUAAUAUAUAUUUGUAACUUUGUAGCUAUCUUUGAAAUCACUUGAAUUUGUUAUGGUGCUAAGUGGACGCGUUUCGAUACACAGAGAGGUGGAGAUAGUCGGAGCCUGGCUAACACCACCGGCUGGCUGCUGACCCACCUGUGACCCCCUUUUGUAAUCGUGUUAACCUGACAAAACCUCAGCAGCAGACGUACCUAUUUUUCUAAGAUUCCUCAUGCAGACUGUCUUCACUGCAGGACGGCCCCGGGGACCCCCUGCCCCUCGGCUGACAGGAGCCCAGAGCCUGUGUCCCAGGGCAGCUUCCCUGGUCCCUUCCCCACUGGCACGCUUUCAUUUCACUUCAAAAGGCUGAGUUUCAUUUUUUCCAGCAUGAAAGCCAGGAUCAGUUUCUUUCUUAACAGACGGAGUUCCUGUGACGUGGUUUUCACGACUGUUUACGCUGGUAACACAAGUCCUGUUCAGUUACCUUCCUGCAUCACCGUCACCGUGGUGGGACCUGCUGCCCAGCACGCGGUCUCACUAAAUGCAGUUUUCAUGAAGAUAGAAAAUUCAGAUAGAAUAUAUAAUAUUGAAUUUAAGAUUUGGGGGGUUAAAAAAAAGAAAACUUAACUUUAUAAAAUUAUUUAUUCUAUUUUAAGCCUUCUAUCAUAUUUUCCCAUCCAAUUGUUUGGUUUCCGUGGUCCAGCUUUAUUUACAGGCAUAUAAAAUGAAAUUGUGACAUGUUUUGCAAGCUUCUUCUCUUUACUUUGAGUAGCUUUUAAUUUGUACGUUUUUGUUUUAUAUAGAUGAAGAGCAUUGUUUAUGCUUUUGUGCAAUAGGUUCCAAGAUGCAUUUAUUAGACAUCUGUUUAAAUUGUAAUGUCGCAUCUCUUCUGCUAAAUCGAAAGGGAAUGUUGGUGGAAUUUCAAAAUAUGUACAUUCAGCUAUUUGGUUUUCUCUUUUCCCUGUUGUUAUAAGAAUGCUGUUUGGGGAUGUGUGUGUGUGCGUGUGCGUGUGCGUGUGCCCUGCGCGAGAAUAUUUUAGGGUGCGUGACCGGGCAGGCAGCCGUGAAGUGAAGUGGUGUGUGGCCGCCCUGGGUCUCCUGUUGCAGACCCUGCGCGCUCACAGCCCUGGAUGCACCACCGUGUGUCGACCACGCCUGGGACGGCCCUACACUGCCCCCCCAUCCCACCGGCGGCGGGCCCUCUCGGGCGUGCGGAUCUGAUGACUCCUUGUGGUGAGAUCUUGAGAAACCCAUUUCAUUUUCUCCUCAGAGCACACAGGAGGGCAUUUUACAGCAAUUUGAAAUGUGUUACUGGAUUGAAUGUUCUAGGAACGAGCCAGCUGAUUUCCACUUCAUACGUGAAUAUUAGAUACGUUCUCAAGACGUUGAAAGUAAACAGCGCAGAUAGCUAAAUCAGAACAAAUCCAGUUUCUCUGUUUCCUCAGGAAAUCAUUCACAGUCCACCACAUCACGUGGGACCCCAGCCUGAUGAGCCCGUGUGUUCGUUUGCCUUGGUAUUUAAACAAACUGGGUAAUUGGGCUGAGUAGAUUAGAAAACCGUUAUUCACACUAGCCAUAAUCUUCACGAGGAUUCUGCCCCUGCCAGCCGCCAGCCCACCAAGGAGGCUCUGCCCGGGCAACCACCCCCACCCCCGCCUGCAUCGCGUGGUUCACCACGUCCGGGAGCGUGUCUGAAGGAUGGACUGAAGUUUGAGUGUCCCCUAAAAUGUGUGUAGCGUUAGUGUAAAUGUCUGUUCUGACGACUUAAUUGGGUCUAAGAAAACCAUUUUUCCUCAAAUGAUGUAGGGUCCAGGGGUGUGAGCCGCCAUUAGCCUGAUCAUCACCCGUGUCGCGGUUUAUUGAGAUGACAACGCAGAUACAUAUUUUUGACUGUUUAAUUUGAAAGUUUACAUUUUUUAUGCUUUGUGUUGGUGUGUAAUUUUUGUACUAUUGGUGGCUAGUUUUUGUCUAAAAUCUUUCUUGGAAUAUUGCUUAAAUGUUUUGAUUUUAUGAUAGUGAAGCUUGUACUCAGUGUUUUGCCAAUUAAUAUUAUAUGCUUGUAAUAAAAGCAAAAGAAAAACUUA